AGUCACCCAACACAAAAAUACAACACAUCAAACACCCACACAAUUUGACAACACCUCCUUUUAUUUCCUCACUUCACUCUUUUUCUCUUCACUUUAGUCACAAUGUUGAAAAUGGCUAUUCUCUUAGCCCCUCUGUUCCUCCUUUGUGUUUCUGUUGCAGGUCAAGAAAUGUUACAAAUUUUAAGUCUCAACAACCAAGAUUCACAUACGCUAGGUGUAUCCGUUGACCAAGAAAAGGUCAAUGAAGUCUCAACUAGUAUUUUAAUGGCAGAAAAAUGGCUUAAAACACAUGUGUUAUCUCACUACCCUUCCAUAAACAUAACAUCUAUUGUUGUAUCCAACAAUCUUUUAUGUGAUGAAAAUGAAAAAGAUUCUAAAAAAAAUGUUUCAAGUUUAGUCCUUUUUGCAAUGAACAACAUUUAUCAUUCUCUUAUAAGAUGGGGUCUUGAAAAAAACAUUAAAGUUUCAAUAUUUUUAACACCCAAAUGCUUACAAAAACCAUAUCUUGAAAAUAUUUUUAUUUUCUUGAAAAAUAUUAACUCAACUUACACUAUCAAAAAUGUUCAAAAAACAAACCCCACAAGAAAACUAUCUUUCACCGUACGGUCAUCGGAGAUAAGUUACUCUAUCCCUUCCGACGCCGCCAGCGCCCCACUUCCGCCGCUCAUCGGAGUAAUAUCACCAUCACCGCCGCCGGAGACACAACCACCGAUGGUCAACGCUGCACCACCGCAUUAUGGUUUAUCUUUACCACCCUGCAAUCCAUAUCAUAAUUCUCAUCACGGUGGCGCAACGGCGGCGGCGCCGGUUGUGGGUAAUGCCGGAGGGAUUGCGGCGCCGCCACUUGGGCGUGAAAAACUGUGGUGUGUGGCUAAACCAAGUGUCCCGGCUGAGCAGCUGCAAGAAGCUAUGGAUUAUGCUUGUGGUGACGGUGGUGUUGACUGUGGUCCGAUUAGUCCCACCGGAAAUUGCUAUUUUCCGGCGACAAUUGUUUCUCAUGCCUCCUAUGCUUUUAAUAGUUAUUGGCAGAAAAAUAAAAAGAAAGGUGGUACUUGUUCUUUUGGUGGGACUGCUAUGCUGAUUAGUUCUGACCCAAGUUUUCUUCACUGCCAUUUCAUUGUUGCAUAGAGUUUGGGAGUAUAUUGCUAACGUGAAGAAACAUCAAAAAAUUGGUGGUCAAAGUCUGUUUUAUGUUAUAUUUUGAGGCAUGUAGGGUAGGUUAUUAGUGAAAUUAAGGUGUCAUUGGAGAAUUAUAGAUAUCUUGAUGGUAAUUUUGGGCUUUUGAGAAUAGACAUGCGAACCACCAUUAUGUAAGAAUCUUCUCCCAUAUAAUUAACCUUCUUUAUGCAAAUUGGCUUGUUGGAGAAAGUUGUAUGAAUCAUGAAUGCAACGCACGUCAUUUUCAUCUUUAAUUGUAUUUUAGGAAAUUUUAAGCACGAUUUUAUAGUACUUUUGAGUAGGCUUAUGUAU